AUGCAACUAAAUUUCCUCCACCUCGCCCUCCUCAGCCUCCUAUCCCUCGCCAUAGCCAACAGCCCCAUAAUCCUCACCCCAGGUCGGCAUGGCGCUGCAGUAGAAGUCGACCAACAAGACGUCUGCGUCUACUUCCAAGACGCCGACUCGUCCAAAGGUAUCGCCCCGAACUUCCCUGCCGGCUCAGGUUACGCUGGCCCAGGCGUCAUCCUACUAGCUGGUGUUGCCAGGAAUAAUACUCCUAUCGCAGCUGUCGUUUUGCAGAACAAUGGGACGUUUGGUGAAAUCCACGUCUUCUACUUUGGGGUCGCGUAUACGGAUAGACUUCUCUCGGAACGGGUGUGGACUGCCGGUGUAGGGUGGCAUGACGGCCCGUUGAGUGGGCUGGGGUAUACGAGUCGGGCGGUGGAUCACUUUUUGUAUGCGUUUACGGAUGGGAAGACGGUGGGGAGUACGAUUCGGGUGGGGUUUGCUUGUGAUGGGUUGGGGCCGAUGUGUGAGGCUUAUUGUUCGCCGUCUGCAGGUUGGGCUUGGAAUGUUGUUCAGUAG